GGGAAGUGAGGGAGCCCGGGAAGGGGGUGAUAGAUCUUGGGCUGGAGAGUCAGCUGAGCUUCUCGCUGCGAGAGCUCCACAGCUCGGUCCUCGGAGGAGAAGGAGAAGGAGGAGGAGAAAUCGCAGGAGGCGGCGGCGGCAGCGGCAGCAGCAGCGGCGGCGGUAGCCGCCCUAUCCCCAGGAGCUCCAGCGGCGGGAGGAGGAGAAAAGAGAAAGAGGGAGAAGGAGAGAGAGAAGAGACUGGGAGAUUACGGGGGCGGCGAUUGCGAAGGCGAAGCCACAGAAGUUUUCUUGAAAAUCCUUUUGCGGCCGACUACGUGCACGGGCGUGCGAAUCUUCUGCGGACCGACUGCGCAACUACGGGAGUACCCAGUCCUGCCUUCCCGCUCCGAAAGUGCCAGCCUCGCCCCCUCCCCCCUUUUUUCCCUUCUUUCUCCUGCCUCGAAUCGGUGCAGCUUGCUACCUGACCCUCGAGCAAAGGCGCCGACCGGGACCCCCGGAGACAGUUGUUAGCGGGGAGGGGGCCCAGGGGCGACCCCCGAGGAGGAAGAGGAGGGAGGCAGCAGCAAACAGCACCACCAACAGCAGCUUCGGAGUUUCCUGAGAUGGUAUUUGGGAGUGGACUCAGUGCUCAGAACAGAUGUCCCAGUGAUUGGCAGUUUUGAUGCUUCUCCACUUUCACUCAGUCAAGUGAGGAUAGACAUCAUUAGUCAGACUGGACAAAACCGUGACUGGUGCAGUACCACAGUAAAUGUAAUUUGAAGAAAGCAAGAAAGAACCAAUGGCUUUAGCUGGCUGCCCGGAUUCCUUUUUGCAUCAUCCAUAUUACCAGGACAAGGUAGAUCAGACUUCUGCUCAGGGUCAGAGCAAGCUAGUGGAACCUGGAUUCCAAGAACAACCUACCCGAGUCGCCUUAAAUCACCAAGAUGACGAUGUGGAUUUGGAAGCUUUGGUAAAUGACAUGAACUCCUCAUUCGAAAGUUUGUAUUCUACAUGUAGCAUGCAGUCAGAAACUGCCCCCCUCCUUCAAAAUGGUCAACAUAACCGAGGCCAGUUGCCAACCUCAGGAACAAGUGCCCUCCAGCAGCAAUUGUCCCCGAAACAGAAAGUUCAGCGCUCUCAACCCGUGCACAUUCUAGCCGUCAGACGCCUUCAGGAAGAAGACCAGCAAUUUAGAACCUCUUCUCUGCCCGCUAUACCAAAUCCAUUUCCUGAGCUUUGCAGCCUCACUAAUUCUCCUGUUCUUACCACAAGCUCUUUACCUCAGAAUCAACCAGCCAGCAAGCAGGAUGUUAAAGUCUUUAGUGAAGAUGGGACAAGCAAAGUGGUGGAGAUUCUAGCAGACAUGACAGCCAGGGACCUCUGCCAGCUGCUCGUUUACAAAAGUCAUUGUGUGGAUGACAACAGCUGGACCCUAGUGGAGCAUCACCUUCACCUAGGAUUAGAAAGGUGCUUAGAAGACCAUGAGCUGGUGGUCCAAGUGGAAAGCACAAUGGGAGGUGAAAGUAAAUUUUUAUUCAGGAAGAAUUAUGCGAAAUAUGAGUUUUUCAAAAAUCCUGUGAAUUUCUUCCCAGAACAGAUGGUGACUUGGUGUCAGCAGUCAAAUGGCAGUAUUCCCCCAACUCAGCUUUUGCAGAAUUUUUUAAACUCCAGCAGUUGUCCUGAAAUUCAAGGUUUUUUACAUGUGAAAGAGCUAGGCAGGAAGUCCUGGAAAAAAUUAUAUGUCUGUUUGCGAAGAUCAGGACUUUAUUGCUCCACAAAAGGAACUUCAAAGGAGCCAAGGCACCUGCAGUUACUGGCUGAUCUGGAAGACAGCAAUAUCUUUUCCCUGAUAGCAGGCAAGAAGCAGUAUAAUGCCCCUACAGACUAUGGGUUUUGUAUAAAGCUGAACAAAGUAAGGAAUGAGACAAAAGACCUGAGGUUACUGUGUGCUGAAGAUGAACAGAACAGAACGUGUUGGAUGACGGCAUUUAGGCUCCUCAAGUACGGCAUGCUCCUUUAUCAGAAUUACAGAAUUCCACAGCAGAGGAAAGCCUGGCUUUCCCACUUCUCAGCUCCGGUGCGCAGUGUGUCCGAGAAUUCCCUCGUAGCAAUGGACUUUUCUGGCCAGACAGGAAGAGUGAUUGAGAACCCUGCUGAAGCUCAGAGCGCAGCCUUGGAAGAGGGUCAUGCUUGGAGGAAACGAAGCACAAGGAUGAAUGUCUUAGGUAGCCAAAGUCCCCUCCACCCUUCUACGCUAAGCACAGUGAUCCAUAGGACACAAAACUGGUUUCAUGGAAGGAUUUCUCGGGAAGAAUCCCAUAGGAUUAUUAAACAACAGGGGCUUGUGGAUGGGCUCUUCCUCCUUCGUGACAGCCAGAGUAAUCCAAAGGCAUUUGUACUCACACUGUGCCAUCACCAGAAAAUCAAAAAUUUCCAGAUAUUACCUUGUGAGGACGAGGGACAGAUGUUCUUCAGCCUUGAUGAUGGAAAUACCAAAUUCACCGAUCUGAUCCAACUUGUUGAGUUCUACCAGCUAAACAAAGGAGUUUUGCCUUGCAAACUCAAACAUCACUGUAUCAGAGUGGCCUUAUGACCUUGAAUUUGGCUCUUGGUUGAAGACUGGAUUUGCUAGAGGAAUAACUAAGAGAAAGUUAACACUGGAAUGAAUGAGCAGGUCUGUAAAUUGGUUUAAAAAUUCUGUUCUGCACCUCAAGACUCUCAAAGGGAUGGAUUCAGUGGGUGCCAACAGACCAAGAUCCUCCUGGUUUGUCCAACACCUAAGAAUGAUCUGCUGAUGAGUAUCCCAGCACACCUUCCUCCCCUUGCCAAAUACAGGAAGGCAUGUAGAAUUGUGUGCAAAUUUGAGACUAAACUGGAAUGAUCAUCUUGACUGGGCCACUUAACAGGAACAGGUUCUGAAGAGAAAUCAUUGGAAAAGGACUCUUGCCCUGGAAUAAUCUUGACAAUUAAAACUGGUGUGUUUACUUUUUUUGUAUUGAUCACUUUUUUUUUUUGCACUCCUACUUUGUUUUGGAUAUUGUAUACAGCCUAUAUUAGGACAUGAUGUGGCUUUUCAAUUCAUGCAGGAGCUAAAAAGUCUCCACCUGUCAGAAUUAGAAGACCUAAAGUGUUGGGUCUCAGCAUUUCUGCAAGGGCAAUUUCUGCUCUCAGUUGAUUGAAGCAGUGUGAAUUCAGUUCUAAAACUAUAACUCCACCAACCCAGUGGACUUUGAAAAUCAUUUAUGAGGUUUUCAUCCUUAGGGAAAUGACUGGUAUACGUGUAGCAUAAUUAAUUGACUCAGUCAUGAGACCCCAGUCUAGUCAUCCAAUUUCUAUGCACAAAUGUUUGAACCUUUUGUUGUUAACAUGUGUGUUAUAUUUUCCCCCCAAUCAAAUAGUUUUUAUUCUCUAGGAAAUUCACCAUUACACAAUCACAACUGAAUGACCAUGCUGGCUGGUUUCUAUGAAAAAUCACCAGUGCUGAUCGUGUGCUUAUUAGGACAAAUGAUCAGCCUUUUUUCCUUUAGCUUUAUGUCCUCCGUGGUCUUUAGUUUCUUUCAGAAACACCACCCUAUUACCACCAUCAGCCUGUUGAAAGGCUAAAUGAUGCUACAGAAUGCAGCCCAAGCCCCUGCCAUGGGUAGAGUUGCAGGAGUUUAAAAGAAAAAUGGCUCCUAUUUUGUUUACUGCAGUGAGUGUCCUGAAUGUCUCCAUGGUGAGAAACAUACACAAACAACAGAAUGGACACAGACUCAACCUGACAUUUAAGAGGUUUUUGACCUUGUGACCUCCAUCCUGCUGAAAGGAACACACACACACACACACACACACACACACACGUAAGCCAGCUGACUGCAAGCCGAUUCAGAGUCUACUUUACUACUGGCUUAUGAUCAGAAUUGCUUCGUCGUAAAUGUUUAAAUUGACUCUUCAGUCAUAACACAAUAUUGGUUUUCCUUUUUUCUGAUGAGCCUGAAAGACAGUGGCUACGGUCUUUCCCGAUUUUCCAUCCCACAUCUCUCAGUCCUUGCCUCUUACCCCGAACAUAGAAACCAGGCAUGAAAAUAGCCAUUUCCCCUUUUCUCUGCAGAUUGGAAAGUGCUUACUUGAAAGGGUGUUCAGACUACUGUGGUGAACAAAAUAGUUUUCUUUUAACACAGCAGUGAGAAUGCGGACCGGCUCCCUGAUUGAUGUUAGCCACUGGAUUGCUUUAAAAAUCCUCUCUGCUGAAGGAAAAAACCAUUUCAUUCUGCUCUUUGGUCGUCAUAUAUAGCUUUGACAGUAGUUUAAGACAAAAAUGUAACAAGCUUAAGUAAUACAUAUCAGCUAUAACUAUGUCGAUGGUAUAGAAACACUGUAUUUUAGUUUACAGAUCACAUUCUAGUAUUUUCCAUGAAAUGUCUAUUUAGAAAAUGGAGAUUUUUUUUUAGCAAAAUGUGUUUUUCAACUGCAAUAUGGAACUGCAUUUUCCUGCCUUUUUUUUUUCUUUUUAGCCACUCUUUUCAAACAAUCAGAAAUUUGGCUAAUAACUGUUCAUAUUUCCAACUUCACUUUGCAUGCCUGAUUCAGCCUCACUUUGGGGGGAAGACACAGCUAUUAUAAACUUUUCUAUUUGGUGGAUUGAAAUAAACCUUUUUUCGGUUUUUUGGCUAUAAGAUUUCUUUUCUGUUUACAUAGAUUGGUUCCAAUAAUGCAUUUCCCCCCUCCACCCCACCCACCACCAGGAGACAGCUAGUAUUUGCAGUGUUUUGUAUUUAUAAACUUGCAUUUUAUUUAAACAGAGAUAAAUAAAAGUUGGACUAUGAAUCACAAUUUUGUACAUAUGUAGCUGGUUGACUUAGUCUUUUGUACUUUUCCAGCCUAAGUGAACUGUUUGAGAAAGUAACCAGUCUCAGAGUGGUCACAAGCUUACUGUACCAGCUCACAGCUCACUUUCCACUUCCCAUUGUGCUGGGUCACUGAGAGAGUACCACCCUAUAACAAACAAACAAACCAACAAAUCCAGUAGAAUCAGCUGGGUUCCAGCUUAGCAAACCAAGGACUGAAGGACAUUUGACUUUUAUUUUUGUAUUUAAAUGACAUGAAUGUAAAGGGGACGCUCAGGGUUGUUUUGGAACCUGUUGAAUUUUUUUUUUUGUCUUUGCCUGUGAUUUUUAUUUCUAAAUGAAAACUUCAUGUAGCAAUCUUGAAUAUGUCGAGAAGUAAAAUGCCAAACGGUUUUGGUAAUAAAGUUAGUAGUUAUGUUACACCAGGUGUUAAAGUACAGAAAGCUUUUAUUUGUUAAACCUUGAAGAAACACGUGCCUCAGUUUAGAUGUUUUGUCUUAUCUUUUCUGCACUAAAUAAAUACCUGACAGUUUGACCAAUCAAUGCACCUUUCCAGUGGCAAGACUUGCUUAUCGUAAAUUAUAUUUGUCACAAUGCAAGAUGUAGUAACUGUAAAAUGGAAUAAAGUUGAAAAGUUUUCAGGGAAUGCAAAAGGUAUUAACUUAAAGACAAAACCUUUAUUCAGUAUGCUUUGCUUCAUACUGUAAAUAGCUUUUGGGCUUGUGAACCUAAUUGUAAUCUAUCUUUCAGGUAUUUUUGUACAAAUAAGGGACUGAUAUUCUGUUUCUUGUAAUUAGAAAUAAACAUUAAUACAAUGCUAUUCAUUUUA